AAUAAUGUAGUUAUCAUACUUUUGUUCCAUUUAUCUCAUAAUUCGUUGGAGAAGUUGCAGAUCUAACAGUGUAUGGAUGAAAGAAAAACUGAGGCGUAGCGUUGCUCUGACGCGCACAGCCUGAUCCAGACCAGCUGGAGAUCAGGGGACGCGGUGCUAGUUCUCUGCACUAGCUGCAGCUCUACUAGCAACAGACAGGGACUGUCAUGCGAAUCAGCUGUACGAACAAGGAAGGGAUCAACAACAACAGGGCAUUUCCCAUAAUAAGGAAGGCAGCAGGAUGGCGGGAGCAGAGGUAUGCACCCCUGCAAACCCGACCUGCAAAAUUAUGACCUUCAGGCCAACCAUGGAGGAAUUCAAAGACUUCAACCAGUACCUGGUGUAUAUGGAGUCCCAAGGUGCCCAUCGAGCAGGUUUGGCAAAGGUUAUACCACCAAAAGGAUGGAAACCUCGGCGCACAUAUGAUGACAUAGAUGACCUUGAUGCCCCCAUCCAACAGAUGGUAGCAGGCCAGUCAGGGCUGUUUACUCAAUAUAAUAUCCAGAAGAAGCCGCUAAGUGUCCAAGAGUUUCGUAGAUUAGCGAAUAGUGACAUGUACUGCACACCACGCUACUUAAAUUAUGAAGAUCUUGAGAGAAAGUACUGGAAGAACCUCACAUUUGUCUCACCCAUUUAUGGUGCUGAUGUUGGUGGCAGCCUUUACGAUGAGGAUGUAGAGGAGUGGAACAUUGCCCACUUAAACUCUAUCUUGGAUGUCAUAGAGGAGGACUGUGGUGUAUCUAUCCAGGGGGUUAACACUCCAUAUCUUUAUUUUGGGAUGUGGAAGACUUCAUUCUCAUGGCACACUGAAGACAUGGACCUGUACAGUAUCAACUACCUACACUUUGGAGAACCCAAGUCUUGGUAUGCCAUACCCCCUGAGCAUGGAAAGAGGCUUGAGCGCUUGGCCACAGGCUUUUUCCCCAAUAGCUUCAAGGGCUGUGAAGCUUUUCUUCGGCACAAGAUGACUUUAAUUUCUCCUUCCAUACUCAAGAAAUAUGGUAUUCCCUUUGAUAAGAUAACUCAAGAAGCUGGAGAGUUUAUGAUCACAUUUCCUUAUGGUUACCAUGCUGGCUUCAACCAUGGCUUCAACUGUGCAGAAUCCACUAAUUUUGCUACAGUCCGUUGGAUAGAUUAUGGAAAAGUGGCGACACAGUGUACAUGUAGCAAGGACAUGGUUAAGAUCUCCAUGGAGCCUUUUGUCAAGCGCUUUCAGCCUGAUCGUUAUGCCAGCUGGAUGCUAGGCAAAGAUUCUGUACCACUUGAUCACACUAUGGCCACUCCUCGUACAACACCUGAACUGCAGAGUUGGCUUCAAAGACGGCGCAAGAAUAAACCUACCAAUAAAGGUACCCAGUCCCGCAUGGGGUCUAAGCGUCUGAGAACCACAGAGGAACCUGUUGGGCUGGACAAAUGCUCAGAAGUAUCCAACUGCAAGAAGAAGGGUGCCGUUGGUCCACUAGGGCCCAAAGUGUGGAGGCCAAAAGCAGGACUAUCGAACACCAAGAAAAAACAAAAUAGACAAGCAGAGUCAAAACGCAAAUUGAUCCCAAACUCAAUAGAAUUUUCUGAUGCUUGCAGACAGAUGUGUGUGGUCAAAGUAAAUCGAGUGGAGAGUGAUCUGGGCAUUUCUAACCUUUUCCCUAAAGCUUCUGUGACCAUGACCAAGAAUGACACAAAUGAGACAGACACUAGAAAUGAUUCACAACACUCCUCAGGACAUGUAAAACGGACUCCAGUAGGUAACACUCACUGUUCUGAGUCUUGCUCCUCUCAACUACCAGACCUCUCUACAUCUCAGGACUGUCCCACCAGGACUCCGUCCCCAAAAGGCGACUCCUGCAGCACUGCUGUCCACUCAAAUGUGUCUCAGACUGAAAGAUGUCUGAGUGCCUCAGCAGAUCAGACCUGGAGUUGUCUAAGCCAAUCACCAAAGACAGUCCCUGGGAAUUGUAGAAACCAUGUAGAAUCACACAAAAUGGACAUAGACCCACAACAUAUCAGCACAAACACUGAAGCACUUUAUAAGAAAAGAGAGCCAGCAGAUGGAGGCAGUCAUUCACUUUGUGACUUGAUAUCCACUUCAGUUCAUGGCAGCAUUUUAAAAGAAAGCAACACUGAGACGAACCUUCUACCUCCUCUGCUACAGAUGAAUGCAGUAGAUAUGCCACAUCUAAAGCCUGAGCCAGCAGAUCAGCUUGGAACCUGCCCUUUGCCACCUGUAUUGACCCAAGAGAUGCCCUCUCUUACCCCUGCUGAUGAGGGGCCAACUCAUGACCAGAAAUGUAGAUUGUACACUCACCAAAGUGCGCCUGUGCUGCAGCCUGAAGCACCAUCUGGCUCCUCAUCUUCACAAAGCAUCCAACAAGCUCAAAUAAACCUGAACCAAUCAGAAUCAGUGCCUGUAAGUCAUCAGGAUUCUCAAUGUAGUAAAGGUGUGUUGUUAAAGGACAAUAUAACCGAAUUAACCACAAUUACAAUGCACAAACAAACUUCCAAUGACAGUGUUUUUCUUGGACACAGUAUAGCUACAAGGGGAGCCCUUGUCCAAACGUCAGAUCUCCAAAUGGAACAACAGUCUAUCUCAUGUAAUGACCAGUUAAAGCUUUCUGCAUUCUCAAAAGUAGAUGAUGGAGUAACAUUGAGCAAUUCAGAUUCUAGUAAGAUAACACAUGGUGAUAAUAGUACAGACCACUUUGCUCCCUUGUGCUCACAAGAUCACUCAGUGAUGAACUCUUCUUCACACUGUUCACCCCAUUGUGCUUCCACAGUGCCAAAACCCUGCACCAGUCUCUGGUCAAACUUUGGUUCUCAAAGUUCGACGGUGAUCAGUCCUGAGCUCUCAUCAGACUUCACUCAUGAGUCUCUCCCUUACACCAUGUGGACUGAGCCUCAGUGCAAACAGGUGUCAGACUCUGAUGAACAGUGUGGGUCAAACAGCCAGGAGGGGGAGAGUGGGGCUCUCACCUGGGCACAGCUGCAGCCCACCUCUCUGCUCAACGCUGUGGAGCCUCUUGACCCCAGUGAAGAUUAUGAACUUCUGAGGGGAGAGUCUGAUGAAAUGGAAGCCCUUUCACAUUAUCCAGAGUUGAAAAGAGAAAGAAAGAGAGAACCAGAGCAAGAUGGUGUGUCUGAUUUAGAUGAUGUGGAGUCAGAUGAAGAGGAGGAACAGCAGCAGUACAAUGCCAAGAGCAGUAGUGAUUCAUUUGAUGAAGAGGAUGACAGUGAUCCUAGGAGCAGUGAGGGUGGUGAUUCUGCUCUGGGACGUGGGAAGUACGCUGCAUUAUCCAUCAGGAGGACGGCUAAGAGCUGGCGUCACCCACUCAGGAAACCCACUGCCAGGGCCGUACCAACAGCUGUCAAACAGCAGACUGCCAGUGAUGAAGAACCACCUGAAGCAAGUCUGGCAGAAGAAGAGGAACGGGAAAUGGAAGCCUGGGCAAAGCCCCUCUUCCACCUCUGGCAGAAUAAGAAGAGUUGUUUUUCUGCAGAAAAGGAGUACAAUGCACUUAUUGCCACCAUGCAGCCGUACUGUGCUGUUUGUACGCUCUUUAUGCCUUAUUAUCAGGCUGAAGACAAAGCAGAGGAGUUGAGGUCCCCAGUAGUUGAGAACAUGUCCUCGCCUCCCAGUCCGACCCAUGUCACUAGAGGUCCUACACGGAGCAAACCUUUAAUUCCAGAGAUCUGCUUUUCUUUUCGGGAGCAAAGCUCUCCUCCAACUCCCACGAACCCUUUGUUACAAGAGGAUGGCACCUCCCUUUUACUAUAUUGCCAAGGCUGUUGUCUACAAGUUCAUGCAAGCUGCUAUGGCGUUACUACAGAUGUCAUCAGUGAACGUUGGUCAUGUGAUCGAUGUACUGAAGAAUGCGUCACAGCAGAAUGCUGCCUUUGUAAUCUCAGAGGGGGGGCUCUAAAGAAAACCCAAAAUGACAAAUGGGCCCAUGUGAUGUGCGCUAUAGCUUUGCCAGAGGUGCGGUUUGGUGACGAAGCUAAGAGGAGUCCCAUUGACACCAGCAGGAUCCCAAUGCAACGCUUUAAACUGGUGCGGACACACACACACGCACACAUAUGCACGCAUGCACAGAAAGACGAACACAGAGGCUGUGCAGGAAUUCCCCAGGUCCUUGAGGACUGGCUCGCUCUUAAUUAAUGAAGUGUUCACAGUUCUAAUUAACAAUGUGAGAUGAACAUACCCGCAGUCA